GCCUCGGGGAUCGCUCGAACCUCGCCCUCUCAAGGAACCCGAUGCUCCACUUCCACGAGGACGUCUUCGGAGAUCUUCUGAGGAACAUCACCGUCUCGGACAUCCCGGAGAAGACGGGGCUCGCUUUUUUUAACAACUUCAUCCAAUGCGACUGCGACUUCCUGUGGCUCGCCAAGGACAGGUGGCUCAACGUCCAUGUGUACGGCGGGUUCUGUGCACCGAGAAGCGACGACUGGAAAAAGUGGGUGAGUCUCCACAGCGUCGACGUGGAGGAACUCGAGAAGAACUGUUCUUCGCUGAACACUCCUGAGCCUCCUGGUCCUCUGGGGGGGGCGUGA